UUUCGGACAAAAGUUAACAUGUGUUGAGAUUUUCACUUUUCUUGAUCAAUUGUUUAUGUUUGAUUUGAUGUGUUUUCCUUACUAUUGUAAUUAGUUUUGAUUAAGUUACAAUUAUGAGGGGUAAAUAUAAGCUUCCUAAUCACUAUGUUCAUCCAAAAUAUUGCGAUUUGUGGAGCUUUGGUCUUGAAGCUAAUCAAUUGAACGGUCACAUUGAAAAUGCUCCUUACCAAGGAUUAGGAAGAUAUGUUUGCCAGUUGAAAAGGAUCACAUUGAAAUUUUGCAAAUGGGGUCUGGGAAGCAAAGGAACUCGAGAUUACAUCGAAACUGAUUUGGUUGAUUAUUGUCGCAACAAUCAAGGUGUUGUAGUUUACCUUAAGCCUCGAAGGCACAAAGCACCAGUAAUGGUUUGUGAAUAUUUGAAUGGAAGCUACCACUGGAUGGCUCUUCAUGGUAUGGCCUCGAAACACAUUAAAUUAUGGAUCGAUUUUCAUACUAACAGAUCAGGCGAACCAAUUAGAAAAUUUGUCAAAGAUGUUCGAACCGCUUGGCCAUCUGUCCAAGGUCCAUGGAACCCGUUCUUAAAUACACCCAGUGAAGUAAAUGUGACACCUUUCCCAAAUGAAGAUCGGUCUGAGUUUAGACCAAUGAAAAUAUCUGCUACUGAACAGUUACUACGUUUAAAAGCCGAAGGCAAAUUAGACAAUAUAUUAUUUGGUGAUGAAAAAAGCGAUUCAAAAUUUUCAAUAAUCAAACCAACAGAUGAUAAAUAAUUCAACACCAAGUUAAUAUAAUUGUUGUAAUCUUUAUAAAAAAAAAUAUCAAAGAAAAUUAUAGUUACUCUAGUGUAAUAAAAAUAAACUUAGUAUUGUAAACAAA